AGGAUGAAGAAGAAGAAGAAGAAGAAUGAAGAAGAAGUAGGAUGAGAUGAAGAAGAAGAAGAAGAAGAAGAAGAAGAAGAUGAGGAUGAAGAAGAAUUCCAGUGCAGCAAAAAGUGUAUCUGCAGAGAGCUCCGCUAUUUCUGACAGUUCUCUGACAGGUCCUUCACAUUUACAGCGGUUGAAACAUUGUAUCUAUUUGUUUCCGAAUAAAAAACAUCUGUAUCCUAAAUGGAAACAAAUAGAUACGUUUCAACUGCUGUAAAUGUGAAGGAACUGUCAGAGAACUGUCAGAAAUAGCGGAGCUCUCUGCAGGGACACUUUUUGCCGGCUGUAGAAGGGAUGAAAAUCGGCUGAUCGGGGAAAAUUCGAUUCG